CUUGACUAGCGCAGGCCUCAGCUUCACCAACCGGUUGGAUAUCAACAUGUCCCUUCCCCACAAGAAUGAAGAGUAUGGUACCGAAGUGUACUGGGACAAGAGAUACGAGCAAGAAGCUGAGGAUGCCUCUUUUGACUGGUUCAAGACCUACGCGGAUGUUGCGCAUGACAUCCGCAAGUUCAUCCCCAGUAAAGAUGCACGCAUCCUAAUGCUCGGUUGUGGAAAUUCAAAGUUUUCAGAGGAUGUAGAUAUCUCCUCUCGCAUAUGUUGUGUGAUCUUGCUACUAACACCGUCGUGCGAACAGAUGUGGGAAGACGGGUACAAAAACAUUGUCAACGUUGAUUAUUCGCCCGUUGUGAUUGAGAAGAUGCGCAACCGACACAAAGAUGCGCGCCCAGAGAUGACAUGGGAAGUGAAGGACGUCCGAACUCUAGACGGUCUAGAUACCUCAUCCUUUGAUGUCGCCAUCGAUAAAGGAACAAUGGAUGCAAUGAUGACGUCUUCAACCGACGUCUGGGAUCCACCAGAGCAAGUAAUCAAAGACUGCACAGCAGAAGUAUCUCAAGUCAUACGUGUACUUAAACGCAAUGGCAUCUUCAUCUACAUUACCUUCGGACAACCUCACUUCCGAAGACGAUAUCUCACUGGUCCUCAUAUAACACGAAAUACUUCACUUGAGAUCAACCAACUGGGAGAAUCUUUCCAUUAUUACAUGUAUACCUUGCGGAUGCUAUGAUGUUUCCUGAUCGAAGGAUUACAAAUCUAUCUGCUUCCCAUAUCAUGACGCCUAGAUACGGGAGAUGCGCUUAUAUGUACCGUACUGAGCACCUACCUGCACCUACCCGCCACCGUGUCAACUACUGCCAACAAUAGAUCAGUGUCUUGAA